UAGAAUGCACCGGGGGAGGAGGCGGAGAGGAGAGGCUGGCGUACCUGUUCAUCCAGGUGACACACAGUCGCAGGAAGGUGUGUGACAGGUGAGCAGAUCCCUGCAGGCAAGGCGAGAGGGAAGACAUCAGAUAAACUGGGAGGACUCGGGAACAGUUUUCAUCUGUUCGGGGACCUGAUACACCUGUUGUCAAUUCAUCGUAGAGGGAUCUGGAUCAUGCCCCACCUCUCAUGACCUCUAUGGAAGCUCCUGUGGAUCCGGGGUCCUCAGAAUUGCAGACCAUGUCUGGAACUGGCCCACCAGAGGAUGACCCCUUUGAUUUCCUCUUCAAAAUAAUCUUGAUAGGUGACUCAAAUGUGGGAAAGACCUGCGUAGUGCAACGCUUUCAGUCUGGCGUCUUCAGCGACAAACACCAAAACACGAUCGGGGUGGACUUCACAGUGCGCUCACUGAAUAUCGAAGGCAAAAAAGUCAAGGUUCAAGUCUGGGACACGGCUGGGCAAGAGAGGUUCCGUACAAUCACCCAAAGUUAUUAUCGAAGUGCUCAUGGGGCCAUCAUCGCCUAUGACAUCACUCGCCGGCAGACCUUUGACUCCGUCCCUCACUGGAUCCAUGAAGUGGAGAGAUAUGGAGCAGCCAAUCUGAUGGUGAUGCUUAUUGGCAAUAAGACAGACCUGGUGGAGAAUCGGCAAAUCCUGUUUGAGGAAGCCUGCACAUUGGCAGAGAAGUUCAGCAUGCUUGCAGUCUUGGAAACUUCAGCUAAAGAAGCUUGGAACAUUGAUGAGGUUUUCCUCCUGAUGGCAAAAGAACUGAUUGCCCGGAACACCCUGCACUUUCACAAAGAUGGGCCACGGAACAGCUUUGUGCUGGACUCAAGGCCUGUUCUGGCAGCCAAGGAGCAAGAAAAAAACUGCCUAUGUGGAUAAUUAUGGGCUACCAGAACAGUGGA